GUGGAUCUCGGCCAGGUUAUUAGCACCGAUUCUGGUGUUAUUCGUUCAGUGUCCGUUAUGAACAGCAACCGUGUGGCCGUGAACGUGCGCAAGAGCCAAUUAAUUGGUAUCGGUAUCGUCGAGGAAAAUGUUCACGACGACUAUUGCAUCGCCUUCCGAGGAAUACCGUACGUGAAACCGCCGGUCGGUAAACUAAGAUUCAAGGAUCCGGCCCCACCGGACUAUGGUCCGACAGCAGUGAUGCUUCGAAACACGGAAACGUCGACGCUCAGGUGGAUGUUAUCACGCGCGAAUUGAUCGGCACCAAGGAUUACCUCUACUUAAACGUGUACACCAUAGACGUCGAAUCACGGAGAAAACGUCCGUUCAUUAUGGUCUUAUCAUCUGGAUAUCAUUAUAUGAAUUAUCAUCUUGAUUAAAAUUCGGAUUCUAUGAAAUAAAUGCAAUUUUAAUA